UUGUAUUUUAUCCAAAUAAUGUCGGAAGAAAAACCUAACACAUUGAGAGAGGAAUCUGAUGAUGGGGAAGGAUGGAUUGGUCCUUUGCCAUCCGAAGCCGCGACAAUAGAAGCUGAGCCUAAAGCAAAGAAAAGAAAAAUUCUUGAGUUUGAAUCCCUGUAUCUAGAAAAUCUACCGUCAUCUGAGACGUAUGAACGAAGCUACAUGCACAGAGAUGUUGUGACACAUGUAGUUGUUACGAAAACUGAUUUUGUGAUAACGGCCAGCCAGGAUGGACAUUUGAAGUUUUGGAAAAAACAGGAGGAAGGCAUAGAGUUUGUGAAGCAUUUCCGCUGCCACCUGGCUCCCAUCAGCCAUGUGGCGACCAACAGUACCGGCACACUGUUGUGUACCGCCUCUACUGAGAAGACUAUUAAAGUGUUUGAUGUUGUCAAUUUCGACAUGAUAAACAUGAUAUCUAUAGAGUUUGAGCCGUACUGUACUGAGUGGGUUCAUUCAGCAGGAGAUCCUAUAUCAGCAUUGGCCAUAUCAGAAAAAGGCAGUAACAAAAUUCACAUAUUCGACGGCACGCAGGCCUCAGGGACGCCGCUCCAUACAUUUGAGAAACACCAAAAGGAAGUGGCGACUAUCAAGUACAACCCUGUGUUUGAAGUAGCGGUGUCCGUUGACAAGGCCGGCAUAGUGGAGUACUGGACCGGGCCCAAACAUGAAUACCAAUACCCAAAAAAUGUGAAAUUCACAUCCAAAUUGGACACAGAUUUAUUUGAUUUUGUCAAAAACAAAACUUAUCCGACGGCUCUGGAUUUUUCACCUGAUGGCAGGAAAAUAGCAGCUAUCAGUUUAGACAGAAAGGUGAGAGUAUUCCAUUUCUUGACGGGGAAGUUGCACAAAGUAUUGGAUGAGAGCCUGCAGCGCUUCCAAGAACUACAGCAUCAGACACAACAAUUACCAAACAUGGAGUUUGGAAGAAGGAUGGCAACAGAGCGUGACCUGGAUAAAUCCGAGUACAGUCAGCUGGCAAACAUAGUGUUUGAUGUGAGCGGUCACUUCAUACUGUACGCGACGAUGCUGGGAGUGAAGGUUGUCAACCUCACAACCAACCGCUGUGUGUCAAUGCUGGCCAAGCCCGAGAAUCUGCGACCGCUGCAGUUAGCACUGUUCCAGGGUCGCACAAAUCAACCGAAAGUUGCAGCCACGUUGGAAAUGGAAGGCUCGGAGAACCCAACGCUGCUGAGUGUGAAGACUGACCCAACAUUGUUCUGUACGGGCUACAAGAAGAAUAGAUUCUAUAUGUUCUCUAGACGAGGUCCUGAUGAUUUACACACAGAGGCUGACAGAGAUGUGUUCAAUGAGAAACCUUCUAAGGAAGAUAUCAUAUCAGCUACUGAAGGACAAGGCGUCCAGCGUCUGUACGAGCAGGCCAUCCUCCACACGUCUCUAGGCGACGUCCACAUCCGUCUGUUCGGUAAAGACGUGCCUAAAACAGUGGAGAACUUCUGUGGCCACGCGAGGAACGGAUACUUCAACGGACACAUCUUCCAUAGAGUUAUUAAGGGAUUCAUGGUGCAGACGGGGGAUCCCACUGGUACCGGUACCGGCGGGGAAAGCAUUUGGGGUGGGGAAUUCGCGGAUGAAUUCAAGCCGCAGUUAAAACACGACCGACCAUACACCGUCAGUAUGGCGAACGCGGGACCCAACACUAACGGCAGCCAGUUCUUCAUCACACUCGCACCCACUCCGUGGCUAGACAACAAGCACACUGUAUUCGGUCGAGUUGUCCGCGGCAUGGAAGUUGUUCAGAACAUCGGAAGCGUCAAAACAAACCCCAAGACAGACAAACCUUACGACGACGUCAGAGUUAUAUCUGUUACUGUCAAAUAA